UUUAUACACUAAUAAUAUUUUAUAAGGCUAUUUUGUCGGGGAGGCGUGUUCCUCAUGUAAACACUGUGAAAAAACAGGCUGUAUUCAGUUGGAGAUUUCUGGCAACUGGUUUCAUGUAGAUGGCUGUAAAUUUGCAUGCAGGUAGUUAAAGUAGUACUAAUGAAUAUGAGUCGGUUAGUUGGUCGGUGUGUUUAGAACUUUUGACGAUAUUAAGCAUUCUAAUUUACAUAGUCAGUACGGGCCCGCCGGCGGGCCCGCUAGAGGGCGCUGCAGUAAGUAGAGGGAGCAGGAUCAAAGGGGCGGGACUUAGAGCGUGGCUUAGGCAGACAACGGGAUGCAGUUCUCAGUUUAAUCUGAGAACUCAACCGGAGCUCACCGUCUCUCCGAGUCUCUUUGUAUCCUGUGUUCAGGUCAUGUAUGCCCGGGCUGUGUGGCUGGAGCAUGGAAAGGAGGUGGAGGGGACUGCCCCAGACAACUGGAUUGAUGUCGACAACAAAACUAUUAGAUGGCCAAAAAUGAGAGAAAAGGCAGCUUUCUACAAUCAGCACCCCCCUCAGGAUGACUGGAUGACAUUCACUUUGGUGAAACGUAAAAUGACCUCCGUUAACAUUGAUGAAUGCAAUGAAUAUAACAUGACGAGCCAUGUUGAAGAAGAACAGGAAAAUGAGCAAGUAGUGAAGAGGAAAAAGGCCAAACGCAAGUUUGAUGACUAUAUUCUUGAAUCUGACUAUCUAGACGAGGAAGAGGAGACCAUGACAGAUGCCUUUGUAAAGGCACCCUCCUUUCCUGUUCCACCAACAAAGUCCAUUCAGAUGGGGUCUGCUGGAUGUAACAAAAAGUUUACUGCUAACCCUGGACAUCCAAAUGUAAACAACACCAGCCAGCUGGGGGGCUCAGAAUCUGACCAGUGCGGUCACAGCAGUGGAUCCAGGCACAGCGACAGGUCCCACCACAACAGCCAGUCCAGGUACAUUGACGGGUCCCAUCACAGCAGCCAGUCCAGGCACAGCGACAGGUCCAGGCACAGCGACAGGUCCAGGCACAGCGACAGGUCCAGGCACAGCGACAGGUCCAGGCACAGCGACAGGUCCAGGCUGAGCAACAGGUCACAUCAUAGUAGACAGUCCAAGCACAACAGUGGGUCUAGGCACAUCGACCAGCAUAGACACAGCAAAUUGUCUAGUGACGGCAGCAGGUCUCAACACAGCAAGCAUUCCAGACAGGGUGACUUGUACAAGAACUAUUAUGAUGCUGUUCAAACGCCAGUCUCAAGAUCCUCUGGCAGAUCAUUCUCCCAGCAAAGUCCGAGGUCUUCUGCAAAUGUAUCCAGUGCUAGGUCUCAGAUGGAAGGACACUUAAGAUUUCCACUGUCCACAGCGAAGUUUCAGAAAAAAGUCUUGGCCAAAUUGGUGGAUAUCCACUUAGAGGUCAGAAGGGUGGGAAGAAGUGAGCCUACACUUUCAUCUGCCAAUAUAAAGCAGCUGGAGACAAUGGAGGAGUUUGAGAGGGAGGAGGAAUGCCUCAAGGACAAGCCAACCUUUGAAUCCCUGGUGUUACAACUUGCAAGAAUUGGUGGGAAAGAUGUAAGAGACUGUGUCCACAAAAUUCUUGACAGGCUCUUCACCAACCAGUUGAUGGCAAAGUUCAAUAUGAAGGGGAAAGGGAAGAAGCAUAAACUGCCUCUGGAGACAACAAACAUAUAUGAAGCAAUAAGAGCGGCAGUCAUGAAGUGGGAUAAAGAAGCUACAGAGGCUGCAAUAAAGCAUCAUGCAGCAGACCAUCUUAAACAUGCACCUGGGAGGAAGGGAGGAGGAGGACAUGUUUGUUUGUAGUUCAUUUAAAGUUCC